AUUGGCCACAGCUGGCGUCUGCUCACGGUAGGCACUAAAGAUAGGGAAGGUGGGUCACACGUGGACAGGGCCUCUUUUAUAGCCCCACCACCCCAGUUGGCUCUGCCUUCCACCACCUGACCUUCUGCCUGCUGCCUACACGAGCUGUGCACACUCAUCAUGGAGAAGAUCCUGGUCCUUCUGCUUGUCACUGUCCUCGCAGUGGCCUAUGCUGUUCCUGACCCCCGAGGCAUCAUUGUCAACCUGGACGAGGGAGAGCUCUGCCUGAACAGCAUGCAGUGCAAGAGCCGCUGCUGCCAUCGUGAUACCGGAAUGAGCCUGGCCCGCUGCGCACCCAAGGCCAGCGAGAACAGCGAGUGCUCUGCCAAGACACUCUAUGGGGUUUACUACAAGUGUCCCUGUGAGCGGGGCCUGACCUGUGAGGUGGACAAGACCAUUGUGGGCUCCAUCACCAACACUAACUUUGGUACCUGCCUUGAUGCUGGCCGUCGCUCCAGGGAGUGAGACCAUCCUGCACCCAGCCCGGCACAUCGCAGGACGCUCCUCCUCCACUGCCCCCGACUGCUCACCCCCUUGACCAGAGCCUCUGUUUUCUGAUUGGGUUCUUGGUGAUUAAAGCCUAUCCUGCAA